UCCUGAACCUUUUCUUCAUAAUCGGUCUGCUUUAUAUGGCUAUGGUCGGCCAGAGAGUUGGUAGGAGAUGGGUCUACAUCAUCUGUUCAACACCUUCUAUCCUUAACUGGAUACUUCUUUACAAUGCGAACAGUUUUGCUGUAAUCUUACUAUCCAGGUUUUUCGCAGGUCUGUCAACAGGUCCAUUGAUGGUACUACACACGGCUGUUGUAGCAGAAUUUGCGACGCAGGAAACACGUGGUUUUCAUCUCAGCUUAGCGACCGUCGUGUCUCCGACAGUGGGAAUUACACUUGGCCAUGUUUUGGGGAUACUACUGCAUUGGAGAACUUCAGCAUUGAUAGGAAUAUUCUUAGCUAUAAUCCACGUCAUUCUACCAUACUUCUGGUUUGAAAGUCCACAUUGGUUGGCGUUAAAAGGGAGGUUUGAACAAUGUGAGACAGCUUUUAGAAGACUCCACGGCAAUGGCGUCGAUACAGAGAAGGAGUUGAGCUUGUUGAUCAAGGUAGAGAAGAAUAAACAAAAGGUAGCAACAGAGAUGAAGUCUAAAAACAUUUUGAGGAAACUGAUAAACGUUUUCAAGAAGAGAUACUUCUGGGAUUUGAUGCUGAUGACUACAUUUUUAUAUGCGUUCUAUUCUGCGGCCGGUAAAGUGAUAUUUAGUACCUUAGCCACUGUUAUUUUGAAAGACGUAACCGGUACAUCCGAUAUAUUGUUGUUUACGUUGUUAGUAGAUGCGUUUGUUUUAUUGGGCAGUUUGAUAUCUUGUGUUUUAGUCAAAAGAGCUUCAGUGAGGGUGACGUUGUUUAGAUCUUCGUUGGUUUCGAUUGCAAUUCUGUUAAUUUUAAGUGCUUGCUUGUAUUUCAAGAAUGAUGAAGCGUAUUUUAGAUGGAUCAACGUAACAUUACUCGCUGCUUAUUUCAUAGUCAUCCACGCUGGCCCUUACCCUGUUAUCGAGAUUAUUUUGGGUGAAUUGUUUCCCUUGGAGCUCAAAUUGUUUUUCUUCUUCAUAUCCUCCCCAAUGAUCAUGGCUACCAUAUUCUUAUGUGUGUUACUGGUUCCAUAUAUUGUGAAUCUAAUGGGUUAUCAUGGUCUAUUCUUUCUGAAUGCCAUAAUAAUGUCGGUAUGUCUUCUGUACUUCUACAUAAGGCUGCCAGAAACGAAAGGGAAGACGUUACAAGAGAUCGAGGUGUAUUUUAAGACGAAGAACUUCGAUAUUGAGGAAGUGUUGAAUAAUAAUGAACAAUUAAAAAGUCUUAUUUGAUAAUUGGCGUUUUAACUAUAGGCUUAGAUGCUUCGAAAAAAAUUCCAUUCCCGUGCAACUAGUCGCGAAAGACAGUGUUAGGAGUGGGUACGACAAUAGACCAACGGGAUGGGGAUCGAACCACCACCCCUGAUAUGUUCUCCCUGCAGAUCAGUUUGAAAGCGGUGACGUCCAUGCGAUUUUUAAAGUUCCCCAUGACACUGAGACCACCACAGGAGUAUAUAUUUUGAAACAAAAAAUUAAUAUAAUCAAAUCGGUCCAAGCCUUUAGGUCAGGUCUUUGAGUAAUUGCAUAGCAUAUAAUAAAAUACAGACCCGAAUUAGGAACCUCGUCCUUUUUUGUUAAAAAUGGUAAAGUAUGAGUGUUUGACCGUUGAGCUAUUGAGGCUCUAUUUAAUUUGCUACCGUAUUUACCUAUCUCAGGACCAUAGCUCAUAAUUAGUAGCGCGGAUCUAGGAACCUCUGCGUAAUCGCCUUGAAUCAGAAAAGGCGGCAAUGGGGAUGAUGACUAGGUUUGAAUAUAUUGAUUUUAAUGAUACAUUCGUUUCAGAGCAGUUUUAUUAUAAGUUUAGAUAUAGAUAUAGAUAUAGAUAUAGAUAUAGAUAUAGAUAUAGAUAUAGAUAUAGAUAUAGAUAUAGAUAUAUAAUGCUCCUAUUUUCCCCCCUAUAAUAUAAGAACCAGUAGGCGUUUAAUAUAAAAAUAAGUACUUAUGUUUGAUUUAUUACAAUAAAUAUAUUAAU